AACUACUUCCUCCUAAUUAAUUUUCUACCUUAAUCUAGACCACCAAACCUCUCAAACCCUCAUCUCCAACUCGAUCAAAAAUGGCAAUUAGACAUGGUACAGUACUCAGUAGUUGUGAUAUCAAUUCACUGGUGGAAAUAACCUCAAGAAAGACCAUCAAACCAUCAUCUCCAACUCCUCCUCACAAUAGAAUUCUUAACCUCUCUCUUGUGGACCAACUUAUGCCUUCUACUUUAUAUGGAACCAUCCUAUGGUUCUUCCCAAACCACAAUGCUUCUGAUUUUGCUUCCAAAACUUCAGAGAGUACUACAAGAAAAUCUAAACGCUUGCAAGAUUCUCUAUCCAAAACUUUAGUUCAUUUCUAUCCAAUGGCUGGCCAACUCAAAAGCCCGACGUUAGUUGAGUGCAAUGAUGAAGGGGCUCAUUUUCUGGAAGCCCGAGUUAACUGCCAGCUUUCAGACCUUCUCAGACAACCCAAUCCCGAGUUACUCCACCACUUAAUGGCCCAAAAUGAUCCUGAAACUGCCAACGUAGCUUUGGGAUCUACACUUUUGCUGGUUCAAAUCAACAUUUUCAACUGUGGAGGAAUUGUUGUUGCUGUGUCCCCUUCGCACAAGAUUGCAGAUGCAGCAUCAGUCCUCACGUUCGUGCGAGCAUGGGCAGCGAUAAAUCGUGAUGAUGGAGCCCUUGGACAGCAAUUGGUGCCGCCGGAGUUUAUUGGAGGGUCUUUGUUGCCGCCUAGAGAGCUAUCCUUGCCGUCCAUCAAGGGAACCUUGGAAAUCCAGAGUCAAAGUUUAGUUACAAGAAGCUUCCCGUCAGUGCAAGCCUGUGAGUUCGAUCAAGCCAACGGUGGUGUCCCAAAUGGUGAGCUUCCGCAAAAGAAUCAUCCCGGAGAAAUCAGAAAAUGUCAUGGGGAAUUGGUUUUGGUCAAUUCCAGUGUUGUUAAAAGAAAAUGAGACUGAAUUACACGAUUUGGUGAGCAAAAUGAGGCAAGGAGUGACAGAAUUUCGCAAUGAGAAGGCCAGCAGAUUUAAAGGUGAGGAUGGAUUCUUAGUGGUAUCUGAGUCUCUAAGAGAGAGGACUGAUAUUUUUAAUAGCAAUAACAUCGUAAAUGUUUAUAAAACCACAAGUUUGUGCCAGCUUCCUCUGUAUGAAAUGGAUUUUGGAUGGGAGAAACCUGCGUGGGUCACCAGCCUAAGUGCCCUCAAGAACAUAAUUGUUUUGGUUGCCACAAAAGAGCAAGAUGGUAUCGAAGCUUGGGUGACCCUGGAUGAACAAGAAAUGGCCAUAUUUGAGUCUGAUCAAGAGCUUCUUGCAUUUUGUUCCGUCAACCCCAGCAUUGACCAUUCAGGGUUGGUCCUGGGUUUUCCAAGGCCCAUGGCGAGGAUCUAAAUUAUGCUCUUUAGGAAUUUGGUCUUUUUUUAAGUUUUGAGUUUUGUUCUUUUUAUACUUUAUUGGAAUUUCUAGUAUAAUAAAGAUUAUGAUUGUAUCCUAUUUGUUUUCCUGUUUGAUUAGUAUUAAGUCUUUAUUAAUACGCGUCUUUAACGCUUUAGGAAAAAGUUUUGACAGGCUGUGAUCUUUCGUUAGGUAAGUUGUCAUGUAAUGAAUGUAAUCUUAUCCUUCAUUUUUGUCAAUGAUAAGUAUCAUGUUGUGGUCUA